CUCUCCACACAAAAAAAAAAAAAAGGAAAGAAAGAGUAAGAAGAGAAUCCAUGGCAGAAGAUGUGCAUGCAAAGUCCAGAGUGCAAGCGCGAGCAAAAAUUUGAACUGAAACGAAUCUCUCAUCAGAUCCGUCGAUUCCCCCGAUAAUCUCCGGUUCAAUUUCCUCGGACUUUCUCCGGCUGCCAAAUCUGAUCGGAGAAGAAGAGGACGAUGAUCUGAAUCGGAGGACAUUUCGGAAGAACCCUAAACCUCCUGUGGUCUGGAGUCUCAUUAAUGUCCUAAUUCCCGAUCAUUGACAGUAGGUGGAGGAGGAGGAGGAGGAGAUUGGGCUGUGUUUGAUCGGACUGUAGAUAUGGAGAGAUCUAGAUCUAAGCGGAGCUACUACUAUGACCAGGACUAUGAAUCCGAAACCCUAGGCAGGACGAAGCCCCGGUACAACAAUAGCCAUCACCACCAGCACCACCAUUACGCCCCCGGCCCCCCCGCUGGUCACCGGCACCGCGGCGGGGUCGGUGGCGGCGGAGGCGUGGGCCACCGGCAGGAUCCGUCGCUGUCUGUCACCACUAAUUACCGCAUUCUCUGCCACGACAUGCGGGCUGGUGGCGUGAUCGGGAAGGCGGGGAGUAUAAUCAAGAGCAUCAGACAGCACACCGGCGCGUGGAUCAACGUUCACGAGCUGGUCCCUGGGGACAGUGAGCGCAUCAUUGAGAUUUCGGACACUCGGAGACGGGACCCUGAAGGGAGGAUCCCCAACUUCUCACCGGCCCAGGAGGCUCUGCUUGCGAUACACGAAAGGCUGCUUGAGUGUGAAGGAGGGUAUGGUGGCGGCGGUUACGGGGAAGAUGGUGGCGGCGCCGGCAGCGGGAGGGCAGUGACUAGGCUUGUGGUGUCGAGGGCCCAUGUGGGGAGCUUGCUGGGGAAGGGAGGGAAGAUUAUUGAGCAAAUGAGGAUUGAGACAAAGACUCAGAUUAGGAUUUUGCCGAGAGACCAGACGCUGCCUCGCUGUGUCACGAUGGCUGAUGAAAUCGUUCAGGUUGUAGGGGAUGCAAAUAAUGUGAAGAGUGCCCUAGCAAUUAUUUCUUCUCGUCUGAAGGAGAGUCAACAUCGAGACCGCAGUCAUUUUCAGGGACGAGUUCAUUCACCGGACCGAUUUUAUCCUCCUGAGGAUGACUUUGUUCCCCAUGGCAACCACCCCACACGUCGAUCAUCCAUCGAUGGGAACAAUUUUGGGUCAAGAUCUGGUUCAACCAGCAUGAGAGGCAAUAAUCACGGCCCUCGUGCAUCAGGCUUCCCAGUAGAAGCUGAUUCUACUCCUGUGGCUGAGAACUCACAGCCACUUGAGGGGGAGGAACUCAUAUUCCGGAUACUUUGUCCGAGUGGAAAGAUUGGUAAUGUAGUUAGUGAGACUGAUGGAAUAAUCGACUUACUUCAUAAUGAAAUUGGUGUAGUUGUAAAGAUCAGUGACCCGGUGGUUGGCUCAGACGAGCAAGUGAUUACUGUUUCUUCUGAGGAGGGUCCUGAUGAUGAGCUAUUCCCAGCCCAGGAAGCGUUGUUGCAUAUACAGACUCAUAUAGUAGAUCUUUUUCCUGAUAAAGACAAUGUCAUAAUUACGAGGUUACUCGUGCCAUCGAGAGAUGUAGGAUGUUUAGAAGGAAAAGAUGGAUCGUUGUCUCAUAUAAGGAGACUGACUGGUGCAAAUGUACAGAUUCUUCCUAGAGAGCAACUCCCCACUUGUGUAUUUGGAGGUGAUGAACUUGUUCAGAUUGUUGGAGAAAUCAAAGCAGCCAGAGAAGCUCUCGUCGAAGUGACGUCAAGGUUAAAGAGCCACUUAUAUGGGGGUUGCUUUUACAGAGAUUCUCCAUCUCCUGGGACUACCACUGGAGAGGCUAUAUCUCCUGACAAAGCAAAUCCCGUUCGUGAUGCUCAGACUUCUGCUAAUCCCUCCACGGCAGCCUAUGAGAGUAUGCAGAAUGUUCCAGUGGCCCAGCCACCAAAGGAUAAUGGAGGUUGUGGCAUUGAAAGUGGUAAACAGACUGAGGGUGGUCGCCGUGAGGAAGGAGCUAGCGGGUUGAGUAGGAUUGCUGUGCCUCUGGUCACUAGGAGCACACUUGAAGUCGUUAUACCAGAGCAUGCAGUGCCGAAGCUCAUAACAAAGUCGAGAAACAAGCUUUCUCAGAUAAGCGAGUUGUCGGGUGCAAAUGUGAUCCUCCUAGAGGACAGGCCAGAUGUAACGCAAAAGAUCAUCCAAAUAUCGGGAACUCCAGAGCAGGCAGAGAGAGCCCAGAGUCUGCUUCAGGGCUUCAUUUUGAGCACUCAAGAAGAUGGCCAGUGAUUCUGCCGUUGGACACAAGUAUGGCGCCUUGCAAAGUCAUAGAGAGGUUCGGCGCAUAUAUUUUGCUGGUAGUCGGUUUGACUUUUUGUCUUAUGAUUAGUUUAGUUUGGCCUUUUAUGUACAUCCCAGGCCAGCGGCAUUGUAGCAAGCAACUGACAUUCUCUGCUCCAAUCCAAAUGUGGAAUUGGUAUUCUUUUGUCCUGCGGAUCAGUAUGGUGUGAUUAUUAACAAUUCCUAAUGGCUUGCUGCCGAUCUAGUUCCGACCGGCUUUCUGCUUCCCUGUCAA